AUGGCUGCACUUGUGUACCUCACAGCACUGCAUCUCUGGUUCUCUUCACAGAGCUUGUCUGGCGAUGACUGCAUUAUCAGAAAACUCUGCUGCAAGCCCCUAGACAAGAAGCCAUGGUUACAGAGGUGCCAACGUCGUGCCACAUGGCGCCCAGGCACGCUCUGCAUGAAUAAUGUUUGUGCUAUCGAUACAAUGGAAGAUACAACCCCAGUAUUGGAAAUGCAGGUUGAUGACCAUGACGAUAUAGAGACAAAAGGAAAAACUGAGCAACCGAUUCAGGAAAACAAACCCAAAAGGAAGCCAACUAUUAAGAAAUCACAAGAAACCCAUAGGGAGCAUGUCCUGUUAGCUGCAGAAAUCUUCCAGCAUUGUGAUUAUAGCCCUGAACUGUUAUGUCUACAUGAAGUGACUGGCAAUGGAGAACAUGCACCAUUAAGAGUAUGCCAAAAAUUUUUAAAAAGCUGUUGCUGCAAACAAGACAUCAACUUUUAA